AUGCUGCUCAAAUUGAUCUUAUUCUUGCUCUUGGACCUUUUUUACUCGAUAACGACCUCAACAUGUCCCAAAUAUGGACUGGAUGUCGUGAUCAAUAAGCAGUGUCCACCGUUCAACCAUCCUGCAUGUUAUUACGCUUUCGAACAGUGGGGAGAGGCGAAAGAUUUCCAUUUCCGAUGUAAUUCAGGUAUGAAUUUGUACUUUUCUUUUCUUUCCGCGUUUAGAAGAUGUUGUAUGGAUGAAAUAGUUUGUGAGGACGUGACGGGGGGAAAUCCGAAAAUUUUGUUGGUGGAUUUCCUGCCUAUUCUAUCUCAGGAUUAUUUUUUAUAACUAAAUUUAUAUUCUCCUUGAAGGUUAAUGAGAAAAUGGCAAAAUUGCGGUUUUUUCGGUUUCUUACUAGUGUGUUGUUGCAUUAUGAACUAGCAGGGCAUGUCCAACUACUGUUGCUUUACUGAGAUAAUGCCUUUGUCUUAUUUUAGUUGAUCCAUUUUCAUCUCCAAGUUUCGGAGUUGUCGAUCCCACAAAGCUCCGACAAACUCUUACAAAGACGGACGAAUACGGUCGAAACAGAUGUAAUAUGGUCCUGUUCUACACGCCUAGGUGUAUUUACAGCCAACGGCUUAUAAUGAGCUAUAGUUAUUUGGCAGUUCUCUUCCCGAAGGUCGGCUUUUACUUACUUAAUCUGGACGCGAAAGAAGGGCCAACGGAACACAUUAUCAACAAAUAUGGAAUCGCAGCUACUCCAACUAUGAUUUUGUUUGCGAAUGGGUCAACAUAGUAAGGCUUUUCAAAUAUUUGUUUGAUUUUUUAUAUUACACUAGGCAGCCUUUGUAAAAUUUACUGUUCUCUUUUAGCGCGCGAGUGUACGACGGGCAGAAAAAGUUGAAAAAGAUGAUCCAAGGUAUUUUGGAUCUGACAGAUCUAAAAUUACCUGAUGAUGGAGUUACACUCCACGAAUACGAUGACUUUGAAGUUCAGCUAAAGGACCUAGAAUACUAUCGAGAUCACUAUGAAGGUGUCAUUGAAGGGCUACAUUUUGAAGAUACAAAAACCUACUUGGAUCGGUGAGUUGUUUCUUUUUUUGUUUUCGGGUUUUAGGCUUCACUAACUGGCAGGUUCUACUUGAUGACAUCAUGAAAUAUUAAAUUCUUCGUGUUUUAGAGGAUUUCUCGUGGCUUUGGUUGUCAUGAUUGUCAACUUGGUAUAUUUUGCUCAUUACUUUGGAUACAUCUCGCUGAUUCACUUGUGA